AUGAGACUAUCCCUUGUUGUUGGAGCCUCCAUCCUAGCCCUUCCCGUGAUAUCUCUGCAGAUCUGCGCCUCCGACAACGAUUGCUACCCUGAGGUGUUUGAGCCCACCAACGAGUGGCAGGUGGUUAGGGAGGGGCAGCACAUUCCUAAGGGAUUGCAUGUUCGAAUGAAUAUGGACACGAAUGAGAGAGAGGCUAAGUUGCUAGAUCCUAAUGAGACUGAUGGUGCUGAGUUGGUGGCGGUUGAUAAUCAGGAAGAGGCUCACGAAGAGACUCGCAAGCAGAUAGAGGAGGCACUUGCGAAGUAUAAGGAGCAGGUGAAAACGUACAAGAGGUCGAAGGUUAAUGAGGGAGAACUUAAUGACUUUGGGUCUGCUGUGGCAGAGAUCAUGAAUUUUGACGAUGACUUGGGGAGAGCCGAAGAGGCACUUAAUACUCUUAGUGAGUUAGCUCACGAUAGAGAGUUUGGUGUGAGACUAACGCAGAAGCCUGAUAUUUUUGAGAAGAUCCAUACUAUUGCUCUCGAGGUCAAUGAACCUAGAAUCAAGGAGACUUGCUACGGAAUUCUUGGAGCAUCUUUGAGCAAUAACCCAGAGGCAGUGACCAAUGUGUUGCAGAACCAGCCUUCGCUUUUCGUCGAUACGCUCUUUGGGGUGCUUCGCCAAAAGGAUACCACUGAUAGAAUCCAAAAAAGAGUGUUGGGUGUUCUUCAGGGACUCACGUCGGACGCCAAAUUUGUUCAGCAGAGAAUUGGCGAUAUCAUCACGGUGUUUCCAUCAUUGGGGCAACAGGCAAAGGAUCGAGUGGCUGUUAUUCUUGAGGACCUCAACUUGACUGAGAAAGCAAGCAAGGCCGACGAGAUGGUGUCCAACUACCUUCAGGAAUGGUUAUCGGCGGCCAAAUCCACCUCUGAGUUCCAGUUCAAACAGUAUUUCAAAACGCUUGCUGAGCUUCACGAGACCGGUCUUCUCAAGCCAUCGAAGCAAUUCUUGCUCUGGCUCAGUGAGGAAACAGAAAAGAGAAAAGCCGACAAGGACGCCAAAGACGUAGACUUCAACAAGUUCAUGCUCGAUGCCCGUCACGUUAUUUUCGGCAACCCAAACGCUGCUCGCAAGGCCGACGAGCUUUGA